CUCAAGGGUGCGUCUCCCAGCCCCCUCCGCCUCCGCCCCUUCUGACUCGGGGAGCCCUUUCUGGGGUCCGCUCACCCCUCACCCCACUUCUGGCUCCUCCCGGCCCCCCUCUCCCCUCCCCCCGGCAGCCCCUCAGCCCUUUCCUGUUAGGGCGCCGACUGCUGGAGGGCAGGGGCAGGUUCCCCGCCACUCGGGCCCUCGGUGACGGGCUGUUGGCCCAUUGCGCCGCGGUCGGGCUCAGAACGUGGGUCACAGUCCUCGCCGGCCCUCGGAGGGUCCAGAUCCGGGAUCCUCUGGUCUGUGCGAGAGGCCGGGGAGGGACGCCUGGAGUCGGCCCGGGAGUUCAGACUUUACUGACUGAUCUCGGGCUGGACACAGAAUCCUUUGGGGCCUCAGUUUUGCCCUCUGUGAAAUAGGUAUAAUGGGAGCUUCUACCUCAUCCACAGAGAGGGCAGGGACCUCAAGCAAAGGGAACGGGCUGGGUGUUGGCCAAGGUCACACAGCGGGGAAGGAGCAGACCCUUUGUCCUGGGGUCAUUCUGGGGGAGGGGCAAAGAUCCUUGUCAUCGGUGGGAUAGGGGAGGGAGGGAGGUGAGGUGUAUAGGGAAUCAGGGAAGGCUUCCUGGAGGAGGGGAUGCUGGGGCUGGGCCUCCAAGGGGAGGGGACAGAAAACUCUCAGCUGCUUAUGAAACCCUGGCAUGGGGGCAGGGGUGCCCGCCGGAAAUACCCUUGGGGCUGGGGCUGUGGGGGGAGGGGUCUCCUGAGACCCUGGGGUGGGGCACUCAGCCCUGGGAAGGUCCUCGUUGAGAGAAUUAGCCAGAGUGUGUGUGUGGGGGGCCCGAUGGGAAGGACCGCAGCCAGCUUUCCCCAGCCCCCACCCAGCAAAGGAGGGGAGACGGGCCCAGAGUCCUACAGCACGGAACCCAGGACUGCCACUCUGGCCUGGCCCUGCUCCCCAGCCUGUGGUCCCGGGAGGGGGGUCGCACUUCCGCAGUGUGCUCAGAGGGUGCCAAGGGCCUGGGGGACAGGGACAGAGAUGGGGAGCCCCUGCUGCUGCCUCAGCUCUGGAUGCCUUCAGGGCAGCUGCCUCCAGAGGGCCCUGAGUCCUGGGGUCAUAACCUCCCCAGCUCUGCCUCCCCCCUCCCCUUUCCCUCUCCCCCCCUCCUCCCUUUCUUCCUUCCUUCCUUCUCUCCUCUGUCUUCCUGUGUGUUUGUCUCUGUCUUUCUCUGUCUCUCUUUAUGUCUGUUUCUUAGUCUCUUCAUUUCUUUCUCCCUCUCCCUCUCCUCUCUGUCUCUCUGUCUCUCUGUCUCUAUCUGUCUCGCUCUGUCUCUGUGUCUCUCUCCCUCUCUGUGUCUCCCUUUCUCUGUCUUGUCUCUUCCUUUCUUCCUCCCUCUCGCCCUCCCUCCUUCCUUUUUGUCUCUGUCUCUCUCUAUCUCUCCCUCUCUGUGUCUCCCUUUCUCUGUCUUGUCUCUUCCUUUCUUCCUCCCUCUCGCCCUCCCUCCUUCCUUUUUGUCUCUGUCUCUGUCUCUUCCUUUCUUCCUCCCUCUCGCCCUCCCUCCUUCCUUUUUGUCUCUGUCUCUCUCUAUCUCUCCCUCUCUGUGUCUCCCUUUCUCUGUCUUGUCUCUUCCUUUCUUCCUCCCUCUCGCCCUCCCUCCUUCCUUUUUGUCUCUGUCUCUGUCUCUUCCUUUCUUCCUCCCUCUCGCCCUCCCUCCUUCCUUUUUGUCUCUGUCUCUCUCUAUCUCUCCCUCUCUGUGUCUCCUUUUCUCUGUCUCUGUCUCUUCCUUUCUUCCUCCCUCUCGCCCUCCCUCCCCCACGGUUAUGUCUAUAAGCAGACCAGGCGCCUGUCACUCUGAGUGACUCUUGCAGAGCCUGCAGAUGGGACCAGGCAGGUGCUGGGGCCUUCGGCCCAGGGAACACUCGGGGCUUUUGGUUUCCCGGAACUUUGGGCAGGGUGUGGGCUGCCCCGCCUCCUUUCCUAUGUUCUGUGUCCUGUUUUUGUCCUUGUUUCAGUUUGCAGGAGAAGCAUUUGGGACAUAACAAUAACCCACAUAGAAUAAUAACUGAUGAUCGCAGAGCACUCAGCGCAGCGUCUGGCACGUGAUCCGCGCCGUAAAACGUUGGCUGUUAUUAGUUAUAUUUAAAAAGCGCCUUAGGUUGUGCAUCCUGCUAUUUACCAGCACCAAAGCUCAUUUUGUUCGAGCCGUCUAAAAACCCCGAAGAGGAAAUGGAGGCAAACAGGGUUAAGUGACUCGUCCAGGUGCACACAGCCAGGAAGUGACCAUCUCGCUCCGGAGCUGGUGGGAGCCAUCUGGCUUAUACUUUUCAUGUUACAGAUGAGUAAAUCAAGGCCUGCGGGCUUCGGUUCCCCCUGCCCAAGACGGCAAGCAGGCUGAUACAGCUUAGACACGUGCCCUUCUUCUAAACACGGUUCCUAUUGGCCGUGCCUGAAAACUCAGAUCGACGGGGAAAGAACACGAGAAAGAGAAAGCCUAGAAAACGACAGAAAGUGCCUGCUCUGGUCCCAUUCAGUCUCCCUUGGUCUCUCUCUGAACGCGGACGGCUCCUCCAUCCAAGUCUGGAAGUGCCCAUUGCACAGAGGAGCCCCGCCCACCAGAAAUGAGCAUCGUAGAGCGAGAUUAUGCUUUUGCUAGUUAUUAAGUGUUUUUAUUCAUUAUUAUUUAAAUUCCAUUUAUUAAUAUAGACUAUAUUUAGAUAUAUUUAUGUAAAUAAAUGUACACAUAAAUAUAUUUUUAGAUAUAUAUUUUAAUAUAUGUUAUAUAUAAAGUUACAUUUUAUUUAAAUAAACACAUUAUUUAAUGUAUUAA